GUGGAACUGCUCGUAGGUGGACAUCAUGAAUAGGUCAGAGAAUGGGAUGUACAACCAGACUCAACAUGAUGGGUCUUUUAUGUUCACUUCUGAGUCUGUGGGAGAGGGACAUCCUGAUAAGAUAUGUGACCAGAUCAGCGAUGCUGUGCUGGAUGCUCACCUGAAGCAAGACCCAGACGCUAAGGUGGCUUGUGAGACUGUUUGUAAGACUGGCAUGGUGCUGCUCUGUGGUGAAAUUACAUCACGGGCCAAUGUGGACUACCAGAAGGUGGUGAGGGACACCAUUCGACACAUUGGAUACGACAACUCGGAUAAAGGCUUUGACUAUAAGACCUGUAAUGUGCUGGUGGCUCUGGAACAGCAAUCCCCUGAUAUUGCUCAGGGAGUUCAUGUCGAUCGAUCGGAGAAUGACAUUGGCGCUGGAGACCAGGGUCUGAUGUUUGGAUAUGCCACUGAUGAGACAGAAGAGUGCAUGCCUCUCACUAUUGUCCUCGCCCACAAACUUAACGCCAAGAUGGCUGAACUGAGAAGGAACGGAACUGUGCCUUGGCUGCGCCCUGAUUCCAAGACACAGGUGACCGUUCAUUACGCCCAGGAGAGUGGUGCGGUGAUCCCCAUGAGGGUCCACACCAUAGUCAUCUCGGUGCAGCACGAUGACUUUGUGGGGCUGGAGGAGCAGAAGGAGAUCCUGAAGGAGAAAGUCAUCAAGGCCGUGGUUCCAUCCAAGUACCUGGACAAGGACACCGUCUAUCACCUGCAGCCUAGUGGCCGCUUCGUCAUUGGUGGACCCCAGGGUGAUGCUGGUGUUACUGGUAGGAAGAUCAUUGUGGAUACAUAUGGUGGAUGGGGUGCCCAUGGUGGUGGAGCCUUCUCUGGGAAGGACUACACCAAGGUGGAUCGCUCAGCCGCCUAUGCUGCCCGCUGGGUGGCCAAGUCCCUGGUCAAAGCCCAACUCUGUAGGAGGGUCUUGGUACAGGUGGCUUAUGCUAUCGGUGUGGCCCAUCCACUGUCCAUUUCCCUGUUCACCUAUGGCUCCUCUCUGAAAAAUGAAAUGGAACUGCUAAAAAUCGUCAAUAAGAACUUUGACCUUCGACCCGGGGUCAUUGUCAGGUAG